AUGGCACCAAGGAAGUCCCCCACCAGCGACAUUGAAGCCAUCUUUCCCUCCAGCAGCAUCAGCACAACCGCUGAGAGCCUGGUCGCAGAAGCCAAUGAGAAACAGGCUUUUGCCGGUGCCACUUCCCAGCUUUCUCGCUGGACACGCUGGGGCACCACCUUCGACUCAUUCCGCCGUCGCCAGCCCCAAGAUGCUCCUAACCAACUCAACCACACCCUCCGCACAAGGCAUCUAUACAUGAUUGCCCUGGGAGGAUGUAUCGGUGCCGGCCUCUUCGCGUUGGGCGAGCUUGCGGUUCUAUACCCUGUCAGUGGUGGAUUUUACACCUACGCGACUCGGUUCAUUGAUCCGAGCGUUGGAUUUGCUCUUGGGUGGAAUUACUGUCUUCAGUGGGCGAUCGUGUUGCCACUCGAGCUCACGGUCGCUAGCGAGGUGAUAAAGUUCUGGAACAAUGACAUCUCUGUCUCGGUGUGGAUCACAGCCUUCCUCGCGGGAAUUGUCGUCCUGAACGUCUUUGGGGUCAUGGGCUAUGGUGAGUUCGAGUUCGGCAGCGUGACAUUCAAGCUGAUCGCUAUUAUUAUCUUCCUGGUCACUGGGCUUGUGAACGUGCUGGGCUCUUGCCCCUUGGACGGAGUGUACCACGAGUAUUGGGGUGCUAGGCUCUGGAAUUAUCCUGGUGCGUUUCACAAUGGUUUCAAAGGCUUUUGUUCAACCUUUGUUACUGCCUCGUUUGCUUAUGCUGGUACGGAGCUUGUUGGAUUGGCUGCUGCUGAAAGUAGGACUCCAUUGAAGAGCCUGCCACGUGCAGUCAAGCAGGUAACCUGGAGAGUUGUGGCGUUCAUGGUACUUCCGUUGAUAUUCGUUGGAUUGCUUGUUCCAUACGACGACAAGAGAUUGUUCGGAUCCGGAGAAGGCUUUGCAGACACUACUGCCUCACCAUUUGUGAUCGUGGCUGUCAAUGCUGGUCUAAAGGGCUUCGACUCCUUCAUCUGCACUGUCAUCGUGGUAUCUGUAAUCUCGAUUGGCAAUUCUGGUGUCUAUGCUGGAUCUCGAACACUGACAGCAUUGGCUGAGCAAGGCUAUGCACCAAGGUUUCUCACAUACAUCGACAGGGCUGGACGACCGCUGGCAUCGACGGUGAUUCUCAUCUGUUUUGGUGGUGUGGCAUACAUCAACACUGGUGAAGCGGGCCAGACCAUCUUUCAAUGGCUCAUGUCUCUUGCUGGUCUCGCAGCUUUGUUCACCUGGGGCAGUAUCUGUGUGUCGCGUAUCCGAUUUCGUGCAGCAUGGAGACUGCAAGGUCGAAGCAUGAACGAGAUACCUUUCCAAGCUCUCUUUGGCACUGCGGGCUCGUGGUUCAGUCUUAUACUAGUUGUGCUAGCUCUUGCCGCACAGCUUUUCGUCGCGAUUAAGCCACCUGGAGGAGGUACCGCCAAUGCCGAACACUUCUUCAAGCAGUCUCUCACAUGGCCUGUCGUGCUGCUUCUGUGGGCUUGUGGCCAUUUUUGGAAUCGAAAGCCCUGGCUCAAGGUAGCCCGUAUCGACAUCAAUAGUGGACAGAGGCAGAUAGACUGGGUUGCUCAUCGUGUCGAAAAUCAGAGGCAGGCGGAAGGGUCCUUUGUGAGACGAGUCGUUCGUUUCCUGUUCUGA